UCCUCCUAUCUUGUUGUACUUGAAGAAUUCAAUCCCAUUUCUCUACUCUUUGCAAUUCACAUUGCAUAUCAAACAAACAAACAAACAGAAAAUGUGGAAGCUCAAGAUUGCCGAGGGAGGUAGUCCGUGGCUUCGGACAUUGAACAAUCAUAUUGGAAGACAGGUUUGGGAGUUCGAUCCUAAGCUUGGAUCGCCACAAGAUCUCUUGGAGAUUGAAACAGCUCGCGAGAAUUUCCACAAGAAUCGCUUCACCGAGAAACACAGCUCCGAUCUACUUAUGCGCAUUCAGUUUGCAAAAGAGAACCCAAUAGAUGAAGUCUUACCCAAAGUCAGAGUCAAAGAUGUUGAGGAUGUGACUGAAGAGACUGUGACAAGAACAUUAAGAAGGGCCGUAAGUUUCCACUCAACUCUCCAAAGUCAUGAUGGACACUGGCCAGGAGAUUAUGGAGGUCCCAUGUUUCUGUUGCCUGGCUUGGUAAUUACACUGUCUAUCACUGGGGCACUGAAUGCAGUCUUAACAGAAGAACAUAGAAAGGAAAUGUGCCGUUAUCUCUAUAAUCAUCAGAACACGGAUGGUGGGUGGGGUUUGCAUAUUGAAGGUCCAAGCACCAUGUUUGGCUCUGUCUUGAAUUAUGUUUCUCUGAGAUUGCUUGGUGAGGGACCUAAUGAUGGACAAGGGCAAAUGGAGAAGGGGCGUGACUGGAUUCUAGGGCAUGGUGGUGCUACUUUCAUGACAUCGUGGGGGAAGAUGUGGCUUUCAGUACUUGGAGUGUAUGAAUGGUCGGGAAAUAAUCCCCUCCCCCCUGAGAUAUGGCUCCUUCCAUACAUGCUUCCAGUUCAUCCAGGAAGGAUGUGGUGUCACUGCCGGAUGGUCUAUCUGCCAAUGUCCUACUUAUAUGGCAAGAGGUUUGUUGGUACGAUUACUCCAACAAUAUUAUCUUUGAGAAAAGAGCUUUAUACCAUACCAUAUCAUGAAGUAGACUGGAAUCAGGCUCGCAAUUUGUGUGCAAAGGAAGACUUGUACUAUCCUCAUCCAUUCCUGCAGGAUAUUCUCUGGGCAACUUUACACAAGGUCCUUGAGCCUAUUUUGAUGUGUUGGCCUGGCAAAAAGUUGAGAGACAAGGCUAUUAGGACUGCAAUCGAGCAUAUUCAUUAUGAAGAUGAGAAUACUCGUUAUAUUUGCAUAGGUCCUGUAAAUAAGGUGUUAAAUAUGCUUUGUUGUUGGGUGGAAGAUCCAAAUUCAGAGGCCUUCAAGUUGCAUCUUCCAAGGAUCCAUGAUUACCUAUGGAUUGCUGAAGAUGGCAUGAAAAUGCAGGGCUAUAAUGGAAGUCAACUAUGGGAUACUGCAUUUGCUGUCCAAGCAAUCAUUUCAGCAAACCUCGUUGAAGAAUAUGGUCCAACUCUAAGAAAAGCUCAUAUGUACAUUAAGAAUUCACAGGUUCCGGAAGAUUGUCCAGGUGAUCUUGAUAAGUGGUAUCGUCACAUUUCAAAAGGUGCUUGGCCUUUUUCAACUGCGGAUCAUGGAUGGCCGAUUUCUGACUGCACAGCUGAAGGACUGAAAGCUGUACUAUUACUAUCCAAAAUUGCACCAGAUAUUGUUGGUGAGCCAUUGGAUGCAAAGCGAUUAUAUGAUGCUGUAAAUGUCAUUCUCUCAUUACAGAAUGAAGAUGGGGGCUUCGCAACAUAUGAGCUCACACGAUCUUAUAACUGGUUGGAGAUAAUCAAUCCUGCUGAAACUUUUGGCGACAUCGUGAUUGAUUAUCCUUAUGUGGAAUGUACCUCAGCAGCAAUUCAAGCCUUGACAUCAUUUAGGAAAUUAUACCCCGGGCAUCGUCGAGAAGAAAUAGAAUGCUGUAUUGAAAAAGCUGCUUCCUUUAUUGAAAAAGUACAAGCUUCAGAUGGUUCAUGGUAUGGUUCUUGGGGGGUUUGCUUCACAUAUGGUGUUUGGUUUGGGGUAAAAGGUCUGACUGCUGCUGGAAAGAGUUUCAGUAAUUGCUCAAGCAUUCGUAAAGCUUGUGAAUUUCUGCUGUCUAAGCAGCUCCCUUCAGGUGGCUGGGGAGAGAGUUAUCUGUCAUGUCAGAACAAGGUGUAUUCAAAUCUGGAAAGCAACAGGUCUCAUGUAGUAAACACAGGGUGGGCUAUGCUGGCUCUCAUAGGUGCUGGACAGGCUAAGAGAGAUCCGACACCACUGCACCGUGCAGCUGUGUGCUUGAUAAAUUCUCAAAUGGAGAACGGUGACUUUCCGCAAGAGGAAAUAAUGGGAGUCUUCAACAAGAAUUGCAUGAUCACAUACGCUGCAUACAGGAACAUAUUCCCCAUAUGGGCUUUGGGAGAAUACCAAUAUCAUGUAUUGCAGGCCCGUUAGUCUCGCUUCAGUUAGGGUGUCGUCUGAAUAAUUUCGACCUUAUAUCCUUUUCCAUGGUUCUGUUCCUUCAAAAGUUUAUGACUAAUGAGUUUGGCAGUCAGGCAAACAGAAAGCAAGCUCAUAUGGAGAAUGCCUAUUAGUUUUUUCUAUUAUUGCUUCCCCUGCGGCAGAGGAACGAAAUAUGUAUGGAGAAAAUUUUUGUGCCAUAUGGCAUUUUGGCUCAAAGGAGAACAAUUAUG